CCCGGCGCUCAGACGGGGUUCGGCCGCCCCGCGCCGCUGCCGCAGACGGGCUGGGAACGGCUGAGCGAGCUCUGGCGGCGAGACGAGCGGCAGCAGUUCCCGGAGGAGACGGUGAACAUCGUCAAGGCGGCGUUCACGGCGGGCGUGGUGGGCUGGCUCUACGGGGGGUUGCCCGCCUUCGUCAGCGCCCGCAAGGCCUACAUCGAGCGCAGCCACGGCGAGCUCUUCCAGAACCGCGCCGAUGCCGUGCAAUCCGCACACCGUGCUGGUCUCCGGAGUUUCAUCCGCUACGGCUGGCGCUGGAGCUGGAGGGUCACGGCUUUCACCACCGUAUUCAACGUGGUGAGCACAGGCCUGUCUGCGUACCGUGAUAAAACCACCAUCAGUAAUUUUGCUGCAGCAGGAGCCUUCACAGGAGCCCUUUUCAGAAUGCACUUGGGUCUUCAGGGCCUGGCAGGUGGCAUCAUGUUUGGAACAGCAUUUGGGAUCCCUGCAGGAGGCCUCUUAAUGGCAAUGUAUGGCCUGGCUGGUGAGACCUUGCAGGACAAGAGGAACCGUGAGCGCAGGGAGCUGUACGAGCAGAAGCUGGCAGAGUGGCAAUCCAGGCUCAAUGUGACUGAAGUCUUAGGCCAAACGGAAAACAAUGCCCAGGGAAGACCAGAGACAGAGAGAAAAAGAGAAUUGAAGAACUACUGAGUCUUCCCCACAUGUGUUGUAAGAAGCUACRUAAGCGCUUUGAUCCUGCUUGUGAAAGCCUUCAGUCAAGGGAUCAUGGAAGACAUCUGUGAAUGCAGUUGUAUCCUGUAAAAAAAUGUUUUGUGGAAACAUAGUUCAGGGAUGGAUGUCACUGCACAAAAUGCUUGGAAGGGCCAAACCUAUUCCACCUGACAAGGUGGAAGUACAGACUUUACAGACUAGGAAGUGUCAUCUAGGUUUGGCAGGGAAUGAGAGCUCCAGAGCCUCAUCUUGAACCCAUUUCACUGCUGAAAAUGUCCAAACCACGACUGAUGGAGAAAUACUCAAGGUAAAGGAGCCUAAGAAUGGUUUGUGUUAGCUAAAGGUACCCUGAUUCCAAAAGUUAAUUAUGCCCUGGUGAAAACUUCUCUUCUGACAGUGCCUGAAGAACUUGCUGAUGGUGGGUUCUUCCUUGGUUCCUGCAGUACUUGGGGUAUUUUGCAGUCAGUGUUGGGGAAGAGUGGAGGAGCUGGGAAUUAUGUGGAAAUACCCUGAAAAAUGCAUGUUUUGAGUUCCUCACAGAAGUCUGAGGGGACCACAGAAAACAUGACUUAUUUCUGGUGGUGAUGGUGGAAGAGUUGGCACUGCGGACACAUUUAACAAUAAAAAGGCCUCUAAUUUCAUUUGRAAGUUAGAAAUUAGGGGAUGAGGGGAAAAUUUGGGGGAAAUGUGGUUCAAGACACUCAAUAAAGCCAUCUAGCAGUGGUGACUGUGUCCAUAAGCUCUUUGUGUCAGCACAGUGGGUACUUUAUGUUAGUACAGCAUUGGUACUAGAGAAGCAUCCUGGAGUGAUAUUCCAUGAGAUGAGCUCCAAGAUCCCGCCAGCAAGCAAUAAAAUCAUCUGGUGGUGUCAGACAUUCCCCUAUCCAGASAGAAACAAAGGCAACAGCCAGGAGAGUGCCAGCUCUAUUAUUUUGAUCUAGAGACAGACUGUUAGGUGAGAGCUGUUACCCAUGAGUGGUUCUAGAGUUAAUGGUCUACACUCAGAAGGGUGAGGUGGCCCAUCACUGUUCCCCCAGAGCAGGAGGUCAGAAUUCCAGUUCCAUUUCUUUGUUGGAAAUUUUUCUCCUACRUCCAGGCAGGGGGUUUGGGUGUUCUUCUCAUAAGAAAAGGGUAUUCAGUCUGUUCUGGUUGAAUGCUUUUCCAGAUAAUUACUGUUGAUUGAAAUAUGAACAGUCGAUCCCACAGAGCGUGUUCCACCCACCCAAAGCAGAUUUUUGGCACAGUUUGCUUUCAAGAAGGUGUUGUGUUUUCUGACUUCUGAAAUGAGCAUUUAAUUUUUAAACACCCCAGUGUAGCUCAUUUUUCCAUUGAAAAAAUGCAAGUAUUUCAGGGUUGUCAUCAACCAGCUCUGAUUUUCCUUUUCUGUAUGUAAAUGAAAGAUCUGAAUAAGCAAAGAUACGGAUAUUUCUU